GGCACAUCGACUGCUGAGUUCAGCAAAGGCCAUGGAACGUUGCAUGCGACGUACCUAUAUGAGCCAACAUAAUGCCACACCGGCAACAGAAAAGAUACAACGUGGAGCGGUGGCAUUGGAACAGGUGCCUUUGAUACGCUAUUUAGUAGAACAGAUUAGGCAUUUCUGCAAGAAACCACCAAAGGGCUUUGAAAAAUAUUUCGAAGAGGGCAAGGCGGCUAAGCCGGCUGCCAGUGAGGCAGCUGCUGCAGCAGGGAAAUCAGCAAAGCCUGCCGAACAGGCUGCAGCACCAAAGUCGGCAUCACAACCAAAGAGUAAUGAAUGGAAUUUCGGUAUGUUCAACAAUACCGCCAAACAGUCGGGAAGUGGUGGUGGCGGCAAGGGUGGCCAAGGUAGACCCAUUGGCGAUGGCGGUGAUGGUAACCGCGAGAAAAUGGUUAUAUUCGGUGCCCUGGCUGCUGUGGGUAUAAUUGCCACAUUGGCAUUCUUUGAAAUGGGUUACAAAGAAAUCUCAUGGAAAGAAUUUGUUACAAGUUACCUUAACCGUGGCAUUGUGGAAAAACUAGAGGUGGUGAACAAGAAAUGGGUACGUGUUCGUCUCUUGCCAGGCAAUGCCCAAGAUGCCAGUGGUGUAUUGUGGUUCAACAUUGGCAGUGUGGAUUCAUUUGAACGUAAUCUAGAAAAUGCCCAAGUGGAACAGGGCAUAGAACCGGUGAAUUUUGUUCCUGUUAUUUAUCGUACCGAAGUUGAGGCUUCCAGUUUAACUGGACUGUUGCCAACCUUGUUGAUAAUUGGUUUCCUAGUCUAUAUGAUGCGUCGCUCUGCCGAUAUGAUGGGCGGUAAGGGUCGUAAAGGUGGUGGUCUGUUUGGCGGUGUCAUGCAGUCAACAGCCAAGCUCAUUAAUUCCAAUGAAAUUGGUGUACGAUUCAAGGAUGUUGCCGGCUGUGAAGAGGCCAAAAUCGAAAUUAUGGAAUUUGUCAACUUCCUGAAGAAUCCUCAAAAAUACAUCGAUCUCGGUGCUAAGAUACCCAAAGGUGCUAUGUUGACUGGACCUCCCGGUACCGGUAAAACUAUGUUGGCCAAGGCCACUGCCGGUGAAGCCAAUGUGCCUUUCAUCACUGUCUCUGGUUCAGAGUUUUUGGAGAUGUUUGUCGGUGUGGGUCCAUCCCGUGUACGUGACAUGUUCGCUAUGGCUCGUAAAAAUGCCCCUUGCAUUCUGUUCAUCGAUGAAAUUGAUGCUGUCGGUCGCAAACGUGGUGGCAAAUCAUUCG